CUUGUUUAGCGAAAUUUUGUUUUCCAGUACCGAAGAAAACGCUAAUGAUUGUUUUACAAAGAUGAAAGACCAUGAUGCUGUAAAUACCAACCCAAAACGUAUGAGGGAGAGACGCAAAGAAUGGGAGUUAGGUUUUCGACGAUUUACGGUAAAUAGAGGACACAAUACAAAUAAUUAUCGCGAGGCUUCUAUACGAAUUUUUAAAGAUAUCGUCCUUCAGAGGUGUAAAGCCUUUAAUAUGUGUGCUUUGGCAGAUUUUGUGCUUAAGACAUUUGAAAUAUAUCACAGAAAAAGACUGCUACAUUUUGCUAAUUCGAGAUCCCGAAAAAUGACACUGGACUAUCAGAAAUUUUUUGAAAAAUCCAAAAAUAUAACCGAAGUUACACAGGUUGAUGAAAAAACAUUUAAAGUUCAGAGCGAACAAACAUUAGAGUACUACGUAGUUGAUAGUCUACAAAAUAAAUGAUGAGUUUACACGCAUUGGCCAAUUUUACAAAGUGACGCAAAUACGAG